UCUGAGGUCACAGAGGGAGGGUUCCACACGCCGCCCGCGGUGCCAGCAGGUCUCCAGGGCAGCGCGGUGGCCGCGGCACAGCGUCCCGGGGCGGCGAGUGACAUCGAGCCAUGGAGAACGGGAGUAGGAAGCCCAGCAUCCAGCACGGCGGCGACUGGUUUGCUCACGAAGGGGAGCAGGAGGGCGAGCUGGAAUCAACAACAAGCGCUUCACUAAGACAUGUACUGGACACGGCGGCUGCUCUGGGCACGGAGUUUAGACAGCCGCUGGAAUACAAAGCUCGGGUGGAGAAAGCAGGAAACAACCAUUUCCCGUUCUCUUCUCAUGACAACAGACAUGAGAUAUGCAACGCAGUUGAGUAUUUUGACUUGGGCAUGGGCGUGAGGAAGCUGGAUCCCGAGAAGCGGAAACGGAACUCGCACAACUUCCUCGAGUGGGUCACUGCAUCAGGAGAGAGCCACAGCCAUGACCUGUUAACCGUGUACCAGACCUCGUUCGUGGCAGACCAGGCCCGCCUCGGGCACGAGGACUGCCGUGCCAGGCGCUAUCCCAAACACCACACCCAGAGACAGUGCACCGCCCACAAACAGUGCACCGCCCACAAACAGUGCUGCUGCCCCAAACCUGCCUCUGACGACGGCAAAGCCCUGCAGCCCUACAAGCCAUCCUAAUCAGCAAAACACCUCUCUGACCAAAGACUCAAACCAAUGGUGAAGGAAUAAACAUUUGUGUGAAGUGCACGCGGCAGUGUGGGUGAGAGUUCAUUGUGAUCAGCAACCUUACAUCACUCUGAAAACAUACAUUACUAUAAAACCUGUAAGGAAGAGGAGCGUUAUAAGGAGAAACAAGAUUGUGCAUAUUUUUAGACAUACCUCUGCUAGGAGAACAGUGAUAGGGAUUGUGCUUGUGUUACCUGAUACUGGUUGACCCUCACCUUAAUACAAAAGCUCCUUCAGCUUCUGAAUCAGUGGCAGGGCUGUACCUCAGGCAGCUGACAGCACCUGUAUUGACACAGGAGCAUAGUGGAACGGGAUCCUCGAGGGAUUACCGCAGCAGGGAGCCAAACCCCUGUGCCUUCAGGUAAGAGGGAGACGAUUCUGAAGGGUUUUCUGGCUGAGAAAAUUCAUUGCAGGUGAGCAGCCAUUAGAGAAAGUAGAUCAAAGAGCUGUGCAUUAGAUUGCUGUGCAAAAUAAGUGUCCUGUUUGGUUAUAGCACAGCAGCUGUAGAAACGAAGAAAGAAGGAGUGUUGUGAACAACAUUUGUGCACUCACAAAUUUGAUUCAUGGUUGUAAUGGGGAAAAAACCUCAAGCUGAAGUGGAAGGCUGCGUGGGGGUUUUGAGGUUGGGGUAGACAGGAUCUUAAAAGAACUCAUCCUUUUGUAGUUACAUGUCCCCAAGGAAGACAAUUCAAACCCAAUCCUCCAAGCAUUCUGCUCCCAGAAUAUUUGCUGAUGUAGGAUGUGGCAGGCAGUAGAGUCAGACCUAGAGUCAGACCUCCAGAUGAUGUGUUUUCCUCUUCUGGAUCACUUCCAUUAAUAUCAAUAAAAUAAUAAGCUAAAGUGUGUGUCUUAAAAUACCCUACAAAUAAGCUUGUUGCUAUGCAAAAUAAUGUUGACAAAAAAAAUCAGUCAUAAGUUUAUGAGAUAGUUUUAUUUACAAGAUAAAUGGAAAAAUAAACCCUUGACCCUUAGAAUUCCCUGCAUUGUAAGAGCUGCAUUGAGCAUGAGCUCAGUUAAGAAAUGACAUUUCUGCCUCU